ACGUUCAAGAUGGCGACUGUGGCAACCAGUGCCUCUGGUACUCAGAGUGUUGAGUCUUCGGCAGCGGCCGCGGCCCCGGGCAACAUCCGCAGCAGCAGUUUUCAGAGGAGGGUUCCCAAAGCUGGUGGAACCGAAAGCAGCGGCCCCCGCCUGGUGUCCAUUGCGGGCACGCGACCAUCGGUGCGGAAUGGACAACUGCUGGUGUCAACCGGGCUCCCAGCCCUGGACCAGCUCUUAGGUGGAGGUUUAGCCGUUGGAACAGUUCUUCUGAUUGAGGAAGAUAAAUAUAAUAUUUACUCACCUAUGCUCUUCAAGUAUUUCCUGGCUGAAGGAGUUGUCAGUGGGCAUACUCUGUUGGUUGCAUCUGCUAAAGACGACCCUGCUGACAUUUUGCAGGAGCUCCCUGCACCAUUACUUGAUGACAAUUCAAAAAAGGAACUUGAUGAAGAUGUAUCUCAUGAAACAGCAGAAAAUAAUACAAAUAUGAAGAUAGCUUGGCGUUACCAAUUACUACCCAAAAUGGAGGUUGGACCUGUGUCAUCUUCAAGAUUUGGUCAUUAUUAUGACGCAUCCAAAAAGAUAUCUGAAAAACUACUUGCGCUUUCAAAAUGGCAUGGAUUUUUUCUUCCAGAAAGAGUGUCUUCAACCCUUAAAGUAGAACCCUGUUCUUUGACUCAUGGCUACAUAAAGCUGCUUCAGUUCAUCCAGAAUAUCAUUUAUGAGGAAGGAUUUGAUGGUUCCAAUCCCCAGAAAAAACAGAAAAACAUUUUAAAAAUAGGAAUUCAGAGUCUUGGAUCACCUUUAUGGGGAGAUGACAUUUGCUGUACAGAAAACUGUGACGGUCAUAGCCUUACCAAGUUUCUCUAUGUUCUCCGUGGACUUCUACGAACCUCUUUGUCAGCUUGUAUCAUUACAAUGCCAACACAUCUUAUUCGGAAUAAAGCAGUUAUUGCUCGUAUUACAAAUUUGUCAGAUACAGUAGUUGGCUUAGAAUCUUUUAUGGGCUCUGAGAGAGAAACCAACCCACUAUAUAAGGAUUAUCAUGGUUUGAUUCAUAUACGGCAGAUUCCUCGGCUUAAUAAUUUGAUUUGUGAUGAAUCAGAUGUCAAAGACUUAGCUUUUAAAUUAAAAAGGAAGCUAUUCACCAUUGAGCGACUACAUUUGCCUCCAGACUUGUCAGACACAGUGAGCCGUUCAAGCAAACAGGAUCUGGCAGAAUCCGCCAAGUUGCUGGGCCCAGGUUGUGGCAUGAUGGCCGGAGGCAAGAAGCACCUGGACUUCUAGAGAUUCCUCCUUAGUGGUUGCAUACAGAAUUAUAUGACACUGUAAUUAUGAUUGCUAACAGCUUGUGUAAAUAUUGUUCUUAAUGGUCUGACCCUCCAAUCCCUGAAAAAAACAGGAUCACAAAAUAGGGCUGCCAUUCUUCGUUUUGUUGGG